AUGGCUUUCCGUGUGAGCAUCUCGAUUUUCCGAAAAUCUGUAUAUUUUCCGAGAGUCGUUAUCAACAUCUCUGCGCCACUGUUAAAUGUGUCACCGUUUCUCAGAACUGGUCAGUCAUCUUCUACCUUAUCUGCUUAGCUUUCUCUCAAAUUAAUAAGCGAUCAUAUGAAUGUAAUAGCCUUUCUCCCACCCAGAAAUAUACUAUAUUUUGUCUGAAACAAUACAUAAACUGGAAUGGGUCUGCAAUAAUAUGAUUUUUUGACAGCCAUGCCUUAUCCAGCUAGCUAGUUAUUUCAUUUUGAGGAAAUAGCUCCAUUGAUGUCAGGUUACAUGCAUGUAAUUUAGCUAUAAUUAGUUGUUUAAAAAAAAUCUGAUUCCUGCGACAUUGUGAACUAGGCACAGCCGUUGCAUCAGUUACCUGGCAGGGAUACGCAGUGAUGAUGAUAUUCUCGAUGUCUCUUUCUGUUGCUUUGGUUUAGGAUGGGCUGCCCGUCGUCCAGGGACCAUUAAUGGACAGGGUUUUCGCUUCACCCCCGCCUGUUUUAUUACAUCGGAUGCGUUUUUGAGCAGACUGACGAAAGGCAAAGCGGCAGAGACAGAUGACGGUCUUUAUCACUAUCCAGCCUCAGUUCUGGCCGACAGCGGUAAUCACAACUGCUGCUGCUGCUUCUGCUGCCUCUGAAAACAAAAGGGGGUUACCUCCGGGCAUAAUAGUACACGUUCUCCUUAUCCAGAUGCUGCGUACUGAAUGUCUAGACUAUAGUAUGAAUAUUACAUAUGCCCCUGUAUUCUGUAGAUCUGUAUUAUGUACCUCAUAUUUUACUCAUAUUUGUGAUGUCAACCCCUAAACUCUUGUUUCAGCUAAGCAAAUAUCAUUGCUGGUGAAGGAUCCAGAUCAACCAGAGAACUCAAAGGUUUUAAGUGUGGCCAUUAUUGGUGCCCCAAAUGCUGGGAAGUCCACACUGUCCAACCAACUGCUUAGCAGAAAGGUAGUUCACUUUAUUGUACUGGCCAGUUUCUUCAGUUUAAGCUGUAAACAUCAUGAGUCACUCUGAGUCAGCCUGGAGUGUAUUUUCCAUUAACACCAGUUUCUUUGAACAUGAUCUCUCGUAGGGGUUUGCUGUUUCCAAGAAAGUGCAUACCACACGGUCCCGUGCCCUUGGUGUUCUCACAGUAGAUGACGCACAGAUUGUAAGUGAGAAUCACCUCUCAGACCAUGCAUUGAGCAAUUUGGCAAUUGUUCAUUAUUUUAUCAGGGCCGUGUUACAUUAUGUACAGUAUUAAUCAAUCAAUCAAAUGUAUUUAGAAAGCCAUUUUUACGUAGCAGAUGUCACAAAGUGUUAUACAGAAACACAGCCUAAAACCCCAAACAGCAAGCAAUGCAGAUGUAGAAGCACAGUGUCCAAUAUACAAACUUUAUAUUUAUUAGAUAACCACACUUAUACAUGCAUACUUAUACAUUCUCUCUAGAUUUUACUGGACACUCCUGGACUCACUACACCUUCAAAAGUCAAGAGGUGAUUUGUUACACCGGUUUCAUUACUGUGGUAUUGCUGUGCUAAAAUGAAAUAGGUGAAUCUUCAAAGGGGCUAUUUAUCUUCUCCACAGGCACCAGCUGGAGAAGUCUCUCCUCGAGGAUCCUUGGAAUACAGUCAAGGAAGCUGACCUUGGUACUGCACGACUCUUCACUUUUUGCAACUUUUCGGGCACACAGAUGACUGGUCUAACUCGGCCAUUACGCGGCUAUUGCUUUUCAGACAGUCUAGUCUAUACUUUUUAAACAGUAUGUGGUCCCACACAUUUUGCAAUUCCUUUGAAAUAAAUAAUUUAGUUGGCAAAUGACAAUGCACUGCAUUGACACAAGUGGAUCAGGCAUGUAUAUAGAAUUAGGAGUGAGUGUCUAUGGUCUAUGCCAUUGUGUUUAUGUCCUCUUGUUGUUAUGUCUUCAGUGGUGAUAAUGGUGGAUGUGUCGGACAAGUGGGCCUGCAACAAGCUAGACUUUGAAGUCCUUAAAUGCCUGACCCAGUACCCAGAUGUCCUAGUAGUACUAGUUCUCAAUAAAGUACUUCUCUAUUUAUAUAGCACACGUAUGCAAACCUCAUCCUCUCUCCGUGGCCUUGUCUCAAAGUCAAUAAUAACACUGAUCAUAUGCACUGAAGUGAGAUCGUGGUUGUCAUAUGAUAUAAUGUAUUAUUAUGAUGUAAUAUACUAGGAACUGUCUACUCUAUAUGAAUUGUCACAUGAACCCUCUACUGUGUGUAUGGCACAGGUUGACUUGCUGAAGAGCAAGAGCGGGUUGUUGGAGAUCACAGCAGAUCUGACAUGUGGAGUGGUGAAUGGGCGGAAGCUGCAGGUCCGCAGUAUGAUCAAGCCCCCCUGGGCUGAGAGGAGGACGGACAGGGACACCAGGACACCAGGGUCUGGAGAUGAGGGUGAGCCAGGUGGUGAUGUGGCUCCUGGUGAGUGCAGUGAGGCCCAGUCAGGGCUGAGUAAGGAGCAGCUUAGGGCUCUGAAGACCCAACAGGGCUGGGCCCACUUCAAGGAUGUCUUCAUGCUCUCUGCUGUGGAUAGAGAGGAUGUGGAGACACUGAAGGUGAUGGUAGCUUAUGGUCAUAUAGGGACUAGAAGCAAAUCUGAUACCAAGUAGACAAGUACACUCAUUGUGGAAUAAUUAAAGUAAUUUAAAAGCCAUGGAAAGCAAUUGCCUCUAUGUUGAUGUGUGACAACUAAGAUUGCUAUUGACAUCAUGUCUUGUCUGUCUGUCCUACAGAGGUACCUAGUAGUGGGGUCAAAGCCUGGUUCUUGGCAAUACCACAGUGA